GCUUCCACUCCAAUCUUGUGCCCUGACAUUCAGACCUAGCAUGUGAAGAAUCCAGGUCAAACUCUCCUGUGUCUUCCACAGUACCUUAAGGCAGAAGAUAAGGUUUUAUCUUAUCAUGAAAGUAUUAUCUGAAGGACAAUUAAGGUUUUGUGUUGUUCAACCAAUACAUCUCACAUCAUGGCUGCUCAUAUUCUUUAUUCUGAAGUCUAUCUCUUCUCUAAAACCUGCCCGACUUCCAAUAUAUCAAAGGAAACCUUUUAUAGCUGCUUGGAAUGCUCCAACGGAUCAGUGUUUGAUAAAAUACAAUAUAAGACUAAAUUUGAAAAUAUUUCAGGUGAUUGGAAGCCCACUGGCCAAGGCCAGGGGACAAAAUGUCACCAUAUUUUAUGUCAACAGAUUGGGAUACUAUCCAUGGUAUACAUCACAGGGGGUUCCCAUUAAUGGGGGUCUCCCUCAGAACAUAAGUUUGCAAGUACAUCUAGAGAAAGCUGACCAAGAUAUUAAUUAUUACAUCCCUGCUGAAGAUUUCAGUGGACUUGCUGUUAUCGACUGGGAAUAUUGGCGACCCCAGUGGGCCCGUAACUGGAACACAAAAGACAUCUACAGACAGAAGUCAAGAAAGCUGAUUUCUGAUAUGCAAGAGAAUGUAUCAACUACUGAUAUUGAAUAUUUAGCCAAAGCAACAUUUGAAGAAAGUGCAAAAGCUUUCAUGAAGGAAACCAUCGAAUUGGGAAUGAAGAGUAGACCCAAGGGCCUAUGGGGUUAUUAUUUAUAUCCUGAUUGCCACAAUUAUAAUGUUUAUGCCCCGAAUUAUACUGGGUCAUGCCCGGAAGAGGAAGUGUUGAGAAACAAUGAGCUCUCUUGGCUCUGGAAUAGCAGUGCUGCUUUGUAUCCUUCUAUUGGUGUCAGAAAAUCUCUCGGAGACAACGAAAACAUUUUGCGCUUCUCGCAAUUUCGGGUGCACGAAUCCAUGAGGAUCUCCACCAUGACAUCCCACGAUUACUCUCUGCCUGUGUUCGUUUACACAAGGCUAGGCUACAGGGAGGAACCUUUAUUUUUUCUUUCUAAGCAAGAUCUAAUCAGUACUAUCGGAGAAAGUGCUGCCUUGGGAGCUGCGGGCAUUGUUAUCUGGGGGGACAUGAACUUAACUUCAUCUGAGGGUAACUGUACAAAGGUGAAGCAGUAUGUGAGCUCUGACUUAGGGAGCUACAUAGUCAACGUGACCAGAGCUGCUGAGGUAUGCAGCCUUCACCUCUGCCAGAGUAACGGGAGAUGCAUAAGGAAGAUAUGGAACUCUCCGGAUUACCUUCACUUGAACCCUGCAAAUUACCACAUAGAAGCCUCCGAGGAUGGAGAAUUUACCGUGAAAGGAAAAGCAUCUGAUACAGACCUGGAAGUGAUGGAGGAGAAAUUCUCCUGUCACUGUUAUCAGGGAUACGAAGGAGCUGACUGCAGAGAAACGAAGACGCUGGAUGGCUGCUCUGGGGUUUUCUCUUUUUCUGGCUCACUGAUAACACUAUGCCUGCUGGUUUUAGCAGGUUAUCAAAGCAGUUGGUUGCGAGAUAAUUGAGUUUAAAGGGAAUUGUAUGGCCUGUAAUCACUUAGAGAAGAGAGGAAACUUAGGACAGUUUUUUUUCUCUUAUGAAAUCCAUUGAGAAGUAUCAUAAGUAGACAUUAUGUAUGUCACUUAACAUAAACAGGAACAUACUGCUUUAUUUGACUCCGAUUUGCCUGAGAAACCAGAUCCAGGAAUAAAAUCAGUGCACUCUUCUUCAUUA